AUGCCGCGAAGUCACGCUACUUACUUUGUUUAUACCAAUCGCACGCUGAAGCGCGCCACUUGGUUCCGGUACCUGCUCAUGCAGUUUUGUCGCCUUCGAGAUUUUGCUCUAGGUUUUACUAAAGUUUUGACUCAGCCUAGGCUCCCUUUAAGCCUGAUUCAUCGUCGCUUUUUAGCCACUGACGCGAAAUUGAAAAAGAAACGUUUUCCUUGGAUGCAAUGGGGCUUUUUCUUUGCAUGCACUGGAGCUGUUGCUUACUUCAGUAUGUACGCUGUUACUAGUGGCAAAGAAACGAUGCAAAAGAUUUCCUCCAACUUCGGUCAGAUAGCGAUCGGAGGGGAUUUUCGGUUGCGUGAUCAAACGGGGAUGGAGGUUACUUUAGCUGAUUUCAAAGGGAAGUGGGUUCUCGUCUAUUUCGGAUUCUGUCGGUGCCCUGAUAUUUGUCCUGAGCAACUCGAACGUCUUGUUGAAGUUCAGGAGCGGCUGGCCCUCUAUGGCAAGGAUAAGGACUUCGUACCUAUCUUUAUAACCGUGGAUCCGGAGAGGGAUACUCCCGAAGUUGUUGGAGAAUAUGUGAAGGAAUUUUCACCAAAACUGGUCGGGCUUACGGGCUCGCCAGAGCAGAUUCAGGUGACUGCAAAGCGCUACCGCAUCUACUACAGCAAAGGACCACCGGAUUGUGACGGUGACUACAUUGUGGAUCACACUGUGGUGAUGUACCUCCUGAAUCCAAUGGGUGAAUUCGUGGAAUUCUAUGGUCAGGUGAAGCCGGUGCAAGAAAUUGUCCGACGGAUUAUGGAUCAUAUGAAAAAGUACAUAGAAUGA